AUGGCAGCCCUGGCAGCAGGAGUAGCCAAGCAACGUGCAGCUGCUAAGGGGCUUGGCUCUAACCAGAAUGCCGUGAAGUAUUUGGGCCAAGACUUUGAGAUUCUGAGAAAACAAUGCUUGAACUCAGGGGUGCUGUUUAAAGAUCCAGAGUUUCCAGCAUGUGCAUCAGCUUUGGGCUACAGGGAUCUCGGGCCUGGCUCCCCCCAAACUCAAGGCAUCGUAUGGAAGCGACCCACGGAACUAUGUCCCAACCCUCAGUUUAUUGUUGGCGGAGCCACACGGACAGACAUCCGCCAAGGGGGUCUAGGUGACUGUUGGCUUCUGGCAGCCAUUGCCUCCCUCACCUUGAAUGAAAAACUGCUUUACCGAGUGGUCCCCAAGGACCAGAGCUUCCAGAAGAACUAUGCGGGCAUUUUUCAUUUCCAGUUCUGGCAGUACGGAGAGUGGGUAGAUGUUGUCAUUGAUGAUAGACUGCCCACCAAGAAUGGACAGCUGCUCUUUCUACACUCAGAAGAAGGCAAUGAAUUCUGGAGUGCUCUCCUGGAGAAAGCCUAUGCCAAGCUCAAUGGUUCCUAUGAGGCGCUUGCUGGAGGCUCCACAGUUGAGGGGUUUGAAGAUUUCACAGGUGGCAUCUCUGAGUUUUAUGACCUGAAGAAGCCCCCGGGAAAUCUAUACCACAUCAUCCGGAAGGCCCUCCGUGCGGGAUCUCUGUUGGGGUGCUCCAUUGAUGUCUCAAGUGCAGCCGAAGCAGAAGCCACCACCAGGCAAAAGCUGGUGAAGGGUCAUGCAUACUCUGUUACCGGAGUCGAAGAGGUGGAUUUCCGUGGCUGCCCGGAGAAGCUGAUCAGACUGAGGAACCCAUGGGGUGAAGUGGAGUGGUCUGGAGCCUGGAGUGAUGCAGCACCUGAGUGGAAUUGCAUAGAUCCCAGGAAGAAGGAAGAGCUGGACAAGAGAGCAGAAGACGGAGAGUUCUGGAUGUCCUUUUCAGAUUUCUUGAAGCAGUUCUCUCGACUGGAAAUAUGCAACCUGUCCCCAGACUCCCUGAGCAGUGAGGAGGCCCACAAAUGGAACCUGGUGCUCUUCAAUGGCCGCUGGACACGAGGCUCCACAGCCGGGGGCUGCCAGAACUACCCAGGCACUUACUGGACCAACCCCCAGUUCAAAAUCCAUUUGGAUGAGGUGGAUGAGGACCAGGAGGAGGGCACCAGUGACCCCUGCUGUACAGUGCUGCUGGGUCUGAUGCAGAAGAAUUGCAGACGACAGAAAAGGAUUGGCCAGGGCAUGCUCAGCAUAGGCUACGCUGUCUACCAGAUUCCCAAGGAGCUGGAGAGCCACACGGAUGCUCACCUGGGCUGGGACUUCUUCCAGAGCCACCAGCCUUCUGCCCGCUCCAGCACCUACAUGAACCUGCGUGAAGUGUCCAGCCGGGUCCGGCUGCCCCCAGGACAGUACCUGGUGGUGCCAUCUACCUUCGAGCCCUUCAAGGAUGGUGACUUCUGCUUGAGGGUGUUCUCAGAGAAGAAGGCCCAGGCUCUAGAAAUUGGGGAUGCUGUGGCUGGAAACCCACAUGAGCCACAUUCAUGGGACAUGGAUCGAGAAGAUGAACACUUCCGGAGCCUGUUUGAGGAGUUCGCAGGCAAGGAUUCUGAGAUCAGCGCUAAUCAGCUCAAGAGGGUCCUGAAUGGAGUGUUUUCUACACGACCAGACAUGAAAUUUGAUGGAUUCAACAUCAACACUUGCAGAGAAAUGAUCAGCCUGCUGGAUAGUGACGGAACUGGAACCCUGGGACCCAAGGAGCUCAAGACACUCUGGCUGAAGAUUCACAAGUAUCUGGAGAUCUACCAGGAAAUGGACCACGACCAUGUAGGAACCAUUAGUGCCCAUGAGAUGAGGACAGCCCUCAAGAAAGCAGGUUUCACUCUCAACAACCAGGUCCAGCAGACUAUUGCCAUGAGGUAUGCGUGCAGCAAGCUUGGUGUGGACUUUGACGACUUCGUGGCUUGCAUGAUCCGCCUGGAGAUCCUGUUCAAGCUGUUCAGGCUUUUGGACAAGGACCAGAAUGGUAUUGUCCAGCUCUCCCUGGCUGAGUGGCUGUGCUGUGUGCUGGUCUGACCUGGUGUUUUGGACAUCAACAGCUUCCCUGCCUUCCGCUUGUCUUUUUGCAAUCUUAUGAACACGUACCCUCAAGUGACAUUUUCUGAUUGUUGUAUUGUCCCAGCUAAUCACUGUUUCUGAGACACUGGUCUGUCCCAACAGAGCAUGCUGGGGAGCCCCAGAUCUCUCAGCAGCACAGAGCUAUGAACUAUUUGAGUUGAUCCCAAGGCCCAGUGGAAGGAAAUCAGCCAGUUAAAGUCAUGGGCCAGAAUGGUUUCUGCCUCCCUCUACAGAUGGGCGAUGGUGCAGGACAAGCUGGGCUUUUCAUGCGAUGGGAAAAGAUACGACUCUAAGCUACCAGAAGGCUGAAAAAAGUGGAUGCUUUCCUGGAGGAGAGUUCUGCUGGAAGCGAUGCUGCUUCUGCGGGUCUUUGGGGAAAGAGGUAGAGUUUUAGCUCUGCAAGUAAGGCCACAGGCAUUUCUAGAGAAAGUAUCUCACUGGGGGUGGGCUUUGAGAGCUUAAACUGGGCUUGUGGUUCAAGGAAGCCCUCGACUUCCUGCUCCUGCCAACGGUGCCUUCACUCCAUGGUGUUUUGUCACAGCAGUAGAAAAGUGACUAGUACAACUGUCUACGUGCUGAGACAUGUUGACUGUGGUCUCAAUAUUCAGUCCAAUUUCAAACAUCUCCAUAGUCACGGUAACCCCAACACUGUUAAAAAAUUUAAGCUGUCUUCUGAGACUUGAGGCGGACUCUUUAACUGUGACCCUCUACAAACAUGAGCAGGUUAUAUACUUUCAAUACACUGUGGCACAGAGGGAGGACUGGAAGGCUGGUAAGGAGAGAUUAGACCAAAGCCAAACAGGGAAAGCACUAAAUUAUAUAGCUCUGUGUCUGGCAUACAGGGCAAAUGAUGACAUCAUUUGUGCUUCAAGGGACUGGGGUAGCCCCUCACUAGCAGCCUGCAGUACACAUGGGCUCCUUUUGGAGAGCCUCCAAUUACUGCCUAUAGGUUUUAUCAUCAUAUGUCACCUGCUCUUGGUGUUUCCAGUGUCCUGGUGUCUCCACUGAAACUUGGGCGUCAUCUUUGCAGCCUACUCAGGGGUCCAUGUAGGGACCCCCAUCUCUUCUACACAUUUCCUGGCCUUUGACUUUUUUCCAGAUUCUCAUAGUCAAGCUCUACAGCAUCUGCAUUCUCUGUGCUCGGAAACUCAGCACGACAACACUAAUCUUUGUCACCCACGCAGGAUAUAGCCAAGAUUCCCAAGAUGAUGGUAGCAGUGGGUUCUGUAAACCCCAAAGCCUUGGGAAACAGUUCCUGAGUGGCCCUCGGGCAUUCUUUAUAAACACUCUCAUUUUAAAUGUAUUUCUAUACCCUGUUGUCUUCAAUGUGUGGCAUCUUCACCUUGAGGUUUGCUCUUGCGCCAGGGCAAAGAGCUCAAUUUGCCUUUACCAGCAGCCAUGCCUUUGCUUGCAGCAUUUACCUGGUUCACUGUUUUACCUAUAUUCAGACUCCUUUGAUGAAGGUUUGACAAAUCCUUCUGCUCUACUGUGGUGGUCUGAAAGAAAAUGGCCCCCAAAGGGAGUGGCGCUAUUAAGAGGUGUGGCCUUGAUGGAGGAAGUGUGUCUCUGUGGGAGCAGGCUUUGAGGUCUCUUCUCAGGCUUCACUUGGCAUGACAGUCAAAUUCCUGUUGCCCUGAGUCAAGAUCUGCCUGCAUGCCUCUGUCUUCUCUUCCAUGAUGAUAAUG